UCACGGUGAACUCCCCCUCUGACUGAGGAUGGUCAUGUUGACUCGCCCUGCAACACGGGCAGUAACGUGCUUUCAGUGAAGAGCAGUAAACAAUCCACAAUAGCACGAAAAAUACGAAUCGUCCCGAGUCUGUCUUCAGGAAUAAUCUGCUGUUUGAAGCUUCGGUGUAAUUUAUUGCAAGGCCUCGGACUGACUGGAUGUACUGAUGACUGAGGGCACUUGAUGGCACACAAAAAGACAAGUAGUUAACGUUACUUCGAGUCGUUUUGACCUGUGGUCAGCUGAACAGUGAUGCUCUUUAAGUGACAUCGCUGCUAUUACUCUGCAAACAUAAAUUCGGAUCAGUCUGACGUCUCCGCAUCGGAACUAAUAAGCUUGGCUGUCAGAGAUGGACGGCAUCGGGAACACCAUGCAGAAGAAGGCUGCUGAGCUGGAGCGCAUGGCCGAAGUCCUCGUUACAGGAGAACAGUUACGCCUACGGCUCCAUGAGGCUAAGGUGAUCAAAGACAGGAGGCAUCAUCUCCGCACCUACCCAAACUGCUUUGUGGCCAAGGAGAUCAUUGAUUGGCUAAUUGAGCACAAAGAAGCAUCUGACAGAGAUACUGCCAUCAAGAUCAUGCAGAAACUUCUUGACCAGAGCAUCCUUCACCAUGUUUGUGAUGAGCACAAGGAGUUCAAAGAUAUGAAGCUGUUCUACCGUUUCAGGAAGGACGAUGGAACCUUUCCAUUGGACAGCAAAGCCAAAGUUUUUAUGAGAGGCCAACGGAUAUAUGAGAAGUUGAUGAACACUGAAAACACCCUGCUGCAGACGCGUGAAGAGGAGGGUGUGACGUUUGAGCGGACGCUGGUGGCCUUAGAGUUUAUAGACUGGCUCCUGCAGGAAGGUGAAAUGCCCACCAGAGAGGAGGCCGAGCAGUUGGGACGCAGACUGCUGGAGCACGGCAUCAUUCAGCAUGUUUCUAACAAGCACCAUUUUGUGGAUGGCGGACUGCUUUACCAAUUCAGGAUGAAUUUCCGGCGGCGGCGGCGACUGAUAGAGCUUUUGAACGAGCGUUGUCGCAGCAUACCGGAGAACCAUGACAGCCCUUUCUGUCUGCGCAAACAGGGCUCUGAGGGGGGAAACACCAGCUUCCUUUCAGUGAGCCCCACUAAAGAGAUAAAGGUGGUGUCGGCUGUACGGAGGAGCAGUAUGAGCAGCAGUUGUGGCAGCAGCGGUUACUAUAGCAGCAGCCCCACACUCAGCAGCAGCCCCCCUGUGCUCUGCAACCCAAAGUCUGUGCUGAAGAGACAAGUGAGCCCAGAGGAACUUCAGGCUCCCGGUGGACCUUACAUAAAGAAGACAUUCACAAUUGUGGGAGACGCAGUGGGCUGGGGAUUCGUGGUGAGAGGAAGUAAACCCUGCUACAUCCAGGCAGUGGACCCUGGCGGACCCGCUGCAGCAGUGGGAAUGAAGGUGUGUCAGUUUGUGAUGGCGGUUAAUGGAAUGAAUGUGCAGAAUCUGGACUACAGGACUGUCAGCAACCUCAUCCUCACUGGCCCCAGAACAGUGUUCAUGGAGGUUAUGGAGAAAGCAGAAUACUGAAGAUGAGCUCACAACAGCUCUUUAGUGUUUCUGUUCUUCUCUAUCUCUUUCUCUUUGCUGGACUUUCUUCAGUGGGUCAAUGUUCUGUUCAAUGGAAUGUUCAGAGAAGUGAACUCUUGAUUCCGUUCAUCAUUUUGAUUCAAACCAUUAGCUUAAAGAGCAUGACACUAAUCCAUGCUUUGAAAUCCAUGCCUCCCAUUGGCUCCUCAUUGACUGUUACGGGUCCAUGUCAGUUAAGACUGUAACUGGACAGCUUAUGGGAAAAGCAGCUGCCAAAUAUCAUUUUUAACUGAACCGAAGCAUUUAAAACACUCUUGGUAGGUUUGCAGAACCAGUGCCAAACUAAUAUAUGUGUGCCAUUCAGGUGAGUGCACAAUUCAGGGCUCUUUUACGACUGUUUCAUCAUUUAGAGUUUAGGCUGUGAGAUUUAGAGAGUAAAGGAAUACAACACUGUAUCAGGUAUUUUUUUACUUUGGUUAAUUAAUGGCAUCACAUUGUGUGGUUAGUUUUAAAUAACUAUUUUAUAAUCCCUGUCAUGCUUGCCGGGACUUAGUAAAAUAAUAUAUAUUGACAUCCAUCCAAAUGCAGGGGACAGCCAACAACAGCACUUACAGACUUUAAGUGAAACUUGAGAGUGAAUGUUUAAAACGCUACGCACAUCUGAAAGAUGCUGUUGUACUGUAACUCAUGCCUUGUUUUAAAAGUAUCUUGUGAAAGUAGUUUAAAGUUUCUGUCUUUUGUCUAAAUGCCAUCAAAAAGGCCAGUAGUUACCUGUAUAAUGCUAAUAUUAUAUGACAACAUUGAAAAUAUCAUUUUAUAAAAGAGUUACGGCAGAAAUGUUGUGUGCUUUACACAAGUUUGAGAACGCAGACAAUUUAAUAAUGUGCAUUAUUAUUCCGGAUGUGUUUUUAUUCAGGUAAGUUGCUAUUGACUUUAACUAACCAGCUUAGUGAUUAUCUUCAAACCUUUAAACUCUUGGUCCACUUUAACAGAGGUUGAUAUGAAAGAGAAAAGUGGCCUAAAAAAACGCAAAUUAUGAAUUGUGGUCACGGUCAGAGACAUUUCGGAACACAACUAUGCUCAAAACUGAGUUGUGUGUCUAUACGAGUCUGCUUUCAUGUACUUGCGUAGAGUAUUUUUCAGGCCUUACUCUUAACUUUAAAACUUACUGCCAUGAAAAAUGUAGAAUAGUCAUGUAGUGUCUUUAUAGAGUAAAUCAGUCGAUAAGACAACAGUCUAUGAAUUCACUCACCAAAUUAUGUAACUAGUUUAAGAAAUACAUUUGUAAUUCUAUCUAAGGAUUUAUUAGACAAAUUGGAAAUAUACAGUAGUGCUGUAUAUGCAAACUCCUAUAUGCAUGUGUAUUGUACAAAGCAGGCAUCUGUGUAAGACAUGUCAUGACAAGACAUGUCUAUAAUGCGCUCAUCUUCCACAUAUUCCUCUGUGGAAUUUUUUUUCUUUCUUUUUUUUUUUUUUUGCUGGUUGCUUAUUGUGCAUCGAUACUCAUUUGUAUCAAUGAGAAUGA